AUGAGCUCCUCGUACGCGACCAGCGGCCCGCCUUCCUCUGGCGGGGGCGCGGUACCCACGCCAUCUCCACCGCCUCCGUCCGUGCAGCCUACCCUCAAAGUGAUGCGGUUAUACAAGCCCAAGCUGUACGUACAGGGAUCUAGUGGCGGUUCCAUGCUGCCCAUGUCCAUGGACGAUUCCAGUUCCACGCAGCAUGAAUUUGCGCUUUCCAGUAUGCUGAUCCUACCUGACAGCUUCGGAGAGAUCUUCCUAGGCAACACCUUCAGCAGCUACAUCAGCGUCAUCAACCCAUACUCAUGCGAGCUACAAAAUGUGGGGCUCUCAGCCAAUAUUCAAUGUGCCAACGACCGUGUGGAGCUCCAUGACAACCGCUACGCUCGAACAGGGAAACUCCCUCCUCCUAAUCCUGUAGCAAUUCUACCUGCUGGCUCCAGUCUGGAUAUGGUAGUGGACUACCCACUCAACCAAGUGGGGAAUCACGUUCUACGAGUGGGUGUGGCCUACGUAGACCCCGUCACGGGGGAGAACAAGUCGUUGCGGAAAUUUUACCGGUUUGCAGUGCAGAACCCUCUGGUCAUUACGUUCAAGCAGAACUCACCGGCGUCACAGCAACAGGGAGAGGCCAUUGUGGAGGCACAGAUCCGUAAUGUGUCCAAGUUACCACUCUUCGUGGACAGUAUCAAGUUUUUGCCGCUAUCUCCCUUCACAUCGGAAGAAAUGGUCGUCCAUACUGUCGGCAAAAAAGGAGAGCGGCCUUCUAUUGAAGAGUUAUUGUCUCUAAACAAUGGCCCACAGACGCUUGUGUACCCACAGGAAGAGCUUCAACGAGUAUUCCGCGUUUGGUAUGACCCAGCGUCUGAUCCUUCACUACUGACAAGUCAGGGUUCGCAAAAUCUGGGACGACUUCAUGUGGGCUGGAAAACGUCGAUGGGUGAAGCAGGUUCCGUGCAGAGUCAACCGGUGAUGAGAAAGGUCCCAGGGGCGUCUGGAGGUGGACAGAGCGAGGUUAUUGUAGCGGUGGAGGAGCUUCCUAAAGACGUUGUGGUUGGGCAGCCUUUCUUGGCUGCUCUAUCUGUCACCAACAAUUCGACUCGAAGUCUGGCGCUGCAACUUCAGUUCCGCAAGGAGAUAAUGCGUGGAAUUGUGUGCUCGUCAGCGUCUCAUCAGAAUCUUGGUUUGAUGGAAGCGAAGACGAUGCAAACAGUAUGGAUUGAGCUUCUUCCGAUCGUUGGUGGACUCCAGAUGUUGGGUGGCCCAGUGUGCGUUGACAUCCGAUCCGGUCAAGAAUUCACACAAGCCUCUGCGCUAGCACACGUACUGGUUGGGCCGCCUUCGUCCCCCUGUAAGGUUGUUGAAUAG